UCUGCUUGGGGACCGUGUAAUAUAUUGAGAAGCGUUUCCAACAUGUUGAGAAAUAUUUUGCUAUUGACUGUGUAGCAAAAUGUGUUGGUGUUGCUUUUCAAAGAUUCAAUUUGGAAUUCGAAACGACUGAAACAAAAUAUUGCGGUUAAUGUCUUCAAAUGGCGCUAGGUGGUGUCGCACUUUUGCCAAACGUUUAGCGAUGGCGCCAGCCACCACCCCCGUUUCAAGCACACGGCGCGAAUUUUGAAGCGGUUGGUUCAGUCGUUCAGUCGAGCACUGGAAGCCAUGGCGCUCAACGUGGCAGCACCGGUGAAGGGACCACGUGUGUUGCAGGCACAGAGAGAGACGGUGGUCGCCUUCAUGGAGCAGCAUCCUCUGCUGGCUAUAAGAUCCAGCGAGCUGGGGCCGCGCUUCACUGUUGGCGACCGCCGACGGCUGUGGCAGCAGCUGGCUGACGCGCUGAAAAGCGAAGGCCCUGUUGUCAAAACCACUGAGCAGUGGAAAGAGUGGUCGCGCAAGCAAGUUUUUGCUGCCGCAAUUUCCCAAGAACAAAGAAGCACAGAAGGGUGGCGGCUACACGGUUUUCGUGGCCGAGUCCUCCAGCUGACCGAGACAGUCCGCCUCCACGGCGUGACCGACCUACCCUACCAAGAGCAGGCUGACAUUCCCACCUCCGCCAUGGAAGUCGUUGUCCAAGCUACAGACGAGGCUGCGGGCGUGAGGAGCACAGCGACACCGGCAGAGGAUCCACCGCGUGGCCCGUCGCCUACCGAAAGGGUGGCCGCUGCACCUGUGUUGCAGCGCCCUGUUCGGCCACCACGUCGACAUCGACCGCGACGGGUGAAUACCUUGACGACGAUGUCGUCGCAGUGCGCCCGCAGCGUGGAACAGGGCGACGAGAUGCUGCAGGUGCUGCGGAGAAUCGAAGCCUGCACCACCCGCCUCGGUGUCGCGGCAGAGCGGACGGCAGCAGCUCAGGAGGGGAUCCUGGAGCAGGUGCGCGCCGUAGCGCAAGACAUCGCUGCGCACCUGCAGCAAGACAGAAAUUAAUUUAUCGUUUUCAGUAGCAUUUUGUUCAUUUGUUUCAUCAGUUCCAUUUCUUUUAUUUAUUUAUUGUUUGAGUUUCCUUCAUGAGUAAUACAGGAGGAUUUUUUGGUUGAAAGGUGUAAUGCGUGCACCCAUUUUUGUUCUGUGAUAUUUGCCUCUUUCUAUUUAUGCGUAUCCAGCUGAAAUGCCAACGUGCUUUCUUUAUUUACACAUUUUGAAGGCGCCUAGUCAUUCACACUGGAAUCAUUACAAAUAGUUGUCGAUUUCUGUGUAUGGGUUUUGUUUUAUAUUGCUUCACUGUGUUGUAGCUUACAGCACUCAUUACGAAGCGUUACCGCAUAGUGUUUGCACUGUGAUAUUUUCAUUUCGGCAAAGUGAGGCUAAGGUGCAACAACUACGAUGUGCUUUUUUUUCAGAGCACCAAACUAGUCACUCUUUAAGUUGCAUAGUUUCACAAAUGAAAAUGACCAUCAUCAUUGCACCACGCCGGUAUUGGUUCCCUCUAGUCUUCGUUCCAAGAGAGUCAUUGCAAGAAUAACUAUCAUGUGAGACACUUUCUGGGUGCUGUGACAUUGUAGAGCCAAUUAUUCAUGUUUUAUGUAACAUGUUUCAUCACAGCUGGCAAGUGCACUCACCUUUUUACAAUUAUGAUUCACCUGUUGUUUAGCAUCGCACUACAAUUGCUGCCGAGAAAUGAAUGCUUCUAGUCAGUGACUCCUAACACUACCAAGGGAACGGACAUACCUGUGAAAGUCACACUGUCUUGCAAGGUCACGUAAAUGUAACUGCAAGUUUUAUGUGCCGUGGUGAAAACGAAUUGUGUGAUGCUGAUGUUGCAAUGUUGUCACAUGCUUUGCUACCUGAAGCAUGUUGUACUACAACGUUUGUGAUGUACAUGUCAUCAUAGAGUGAUAAAGUUGACCUAUCUAUUUUUUGCGCUUUUACAUUAAUUUACGUCUACCAUUUGGACAUAAUGUGACGAGUGUAAUAUUGUCGCUACACUCAGCGUUACAUUUUGCUUGUGUUUGAAUCCGCAUUCAUUACGCUUCACUUGCUUGCCUCGCCUGCGUAUUCAUGCUUGCACAGAAGUUUUGAUACACCUAGCACAAGAGAUGGCUAGCAAGCAUAUUGCCUCGCUCCUACCAAUGUAACUGAGCGUCCGAAUGCACAGGGUGCGGCGGUUGCGUUCAUUUUGGUGUGUUUUAUGAAAAUUUUGCGCACCUUUUGCUGAUGGUGACCAGGAGCACAGAGUGCCAAUCAUAUGUACUGCUUCCAUGAAAUCUGUCAUGACUAUGAUGGGUCAAGGGAUGUUUCCAUUUCAUAUUUCAUGUGAUAUUUAAAGAAAAGGCUGCACUUUCACGUUGCUACCGUGUUUCAUGUUGCACUAGGAAAGAAGUACUUUGUGCCAAUUUCCCAUUACUGUAACCACCAACUAUGGCAAAACAAACACAUCUUUGGACAUGAGUAGAAAGUAACAGCUGCGGCAUCUGCAGAAAGUGGUAUAUCACAGGAUGCACACAACACAUACAAGCUGUUGUAGCGUCGUAUUUGUAAUGUUGGAUGAGGAAAGAAGCACGUUGUGAUGUGCAUAUUGCACAAAACAAUGCUAGCUUGGGAGCAGCAGCAAAUGCAGUUCUUCACAGAUAAAGGGGCAUGAAGCAUUGCCUUACGACUACCUCACGAGUACUACUGUUAAUAAGUGGCAGCCUUGGAGACUCUUGCAUAGUGAAGAGGGUGCAAUUGUUUCCGAGUCCAUGGCUGUGGCAUUCUAUUUAAAAGACUCUUUGUAUAAGUGUACUUCGUUUGUGUUUAAACUAUCAUAAUCUGUCGGAUGUGUGGAUUUGGAACAUUGACCAUCCGUAUGGAGGUGCACUUGUGUAUGCAAAUUUUUAAUGUAUUUUCCGCUGUACAAACAUAGCCCUGUGAUAGCUUAAGGACACUGCAAUUUGUAUAAAUAAAUUAUAUAUUAUGGAAACUCA